UCCACGACCCGCCCAUCCGCCGCUUCUCCCACAGCCUGGUCAGGUGUUCGCUUGUUUCCACACGUAAACUUUGGAUUUUGAUAACUGAUCAGCUUCUGUGUCGUGACAAACCCAAUCGAGGACAUGUUCAGACGGAUACUUCAAAUGACUCCUGGGAAGGGAGGCUCCCAGAAUGCAGAGUCGGAGAAGCCCACCACUGACCUGAACCACGACCAGACGUCCGAGGGUUUCAUCUGUCCUCAGUGCAUGAAGUCUCACAACUCUGCAGACGAACUCUUCAAACACUAUGAGCUGUUCCACGACACUGGAGACCUCCCCGCCCAUGUGGCUCCCACGCGUGAAGACCUCACCAUGUUGCGGCAGGAGGUUCAGGAUCUCCACGCUUCUCUCAAGGAGGAGAGAUGGUUCUCUGGAGAACUAAAGAAAGAAUUGGACAAAGUUCAAGGACAACUGAAGCAAAACGAUGAACCGAUAAGCGCUGAGGAUUCAGUCCUCGAAAGAAAGCUAGUGGAAGCAGAGACGGAGAAGUUCAACAUAAAGCAGAUGAAAGACCUGUUUGAGCAGAAGGCGGCGCAGCUGGCCACAGAGAUAGUAGACCUGAAGUCUCGCUAUGACGAGGAGAAAAGCCUGAGGGAGGCUGCCGAUCAGAGGGUUUCCAGUUUGAGCGAACAGCUGCAGAGGGAGAAGCAGGAGAAUGAGAAACUUCAAACAGAAUUGCUGCAGCGGCCGGGAGUGGAGGACGUGGAGGUUCUCCAGAAGGAGCUGGUCCAGGUGCAGACGCUCAUGGACAGGAUGACCCGUGAGCGGGAGGAAGAGUCCGAACGCCUCAAAAGCCACUACACAGAGCUGCAGGCUAACUACACUACCUCAGAGAUUCAAAAACUGGAGAUGACCAUAUCCCAACUAAAAGCCGAGCUGGAGAAGGGUCCACAGGAAGCUGCUGUCUACACACAACAAAUCCACGAGCUGCAGGGAAACCUCAAUAAUUUGCAGCAACAAUGUCAGAGUCUCUCUGAGAAACUUGUGCGUAAGGAAAAGGAGCUUCAGGAAGUGGAGGACACUCUGGGAGCCGAGAAAGCCGCCAAGAAGGGCGUCCAGGACAGCCUGAGGGAGCGGGACUCGGAGGUGCAGGAGCUCCAGGCUCGAGCCGCGGGGGCCGAAGCGUCCCUUCAGAAGGCCCAGGCCGAGCUGGCGGAGAGGGCCGAGGAGGCGGCCAAGCUGAGGAGCGAGAUAGCAGAGCUGGAGGUGAAACACGCAGAGCUGAAGGUGGAGAGGAAGCAGCUGGAGCAUCAGAGGGAGGAAAAAGAAAGCCAAGGUGCCCAGCAGCAGACAGAGAUCAGUCAGCUGCAUGGCAAACUGCUGGAGGCCGAGCGGCAGGUAGGUGAGCUGCAGGGCCGUCUGAAGGAGCAGAGGCAGCUGUCUGGUGAGAAACUGAAGGACAGAGAGCAGCAAGCGGCCGACCUCCAGUUCAAACUCUCCCGAACUGAAGAACAGCUGAAGGAGAGCUGCAGUAAGAACUCGGAUCUGCAGCACCAGGUGGAGAAAGCCAAGCAGCAGCACCAGGAGCUUCAGGCGCUGCAGCAAAACACCAACGGCAAACUGCGGGAGGCGCAGAAUGACUUGGAGCAGGUGCUGCGUCAGAUUGGGGACAAAGACCAGAAGAUCCAGAACCUGGAGGCCCUGCUUCAGAAGAGUAAAGACACUGUGAGCCAGCUGGAAGCGGAGAGAGAGGAUCUGUGUGCCAAAAUCCAGGCUGGGGAGGGAGAGACGGCGCUCCUCAACCAGCUGAAGGAGAAGAACCAUGCGCUGCAGGAACAGGUUGCGCAGUUGACGGACAAGCUGAAGAACCAAUCGGAGAGCAACAAGCAGGCCCAGGACAACCUUCACAAGCAGGUCCAGGAGCAGAAGACCCAGCUGCGUUCAGCCCAGGACCGAGCGCAGACCCUGGAGACGUCCGUCACUGAGCUCACUGCCCAGCUCACCGACAGCAAGGAGAAAGUAUCCCAGCUGGACGCUCAGCUGAAGGCCAAAACAGAGCUGCUUCUGUCUGCAGAGGCGGCCAAGGCUGCACAGAAGGCCAACCUGGAGAACAGCCUGGAGGCGUCUCAGCAUGCUCUGCAGGACAAACAGCAGGAGCUGAACGAAGCUCAGAAGAGGCUGGAGGAUCAGGCCCAGAGGCUCAGAGACAGACAGGAGCAGAGUGCCCAGCUGGAGAGCAGCGUGAAGGACUGUAAAGACAAACUGCUGGCCUCAGAGCAGCGGGUGGAGCAGCUGGAAGGGCUCAGCAAGAAACUGGAGUCUCAGGCAGCGGAGGUGCAGACUGCGAGAGAUCAGCUCCAGCUGGAGGUGCAGAAGCUGCAAAAGGAAAGUUCAGAGGUGAAACGGAAAGCGAAUGAGCUGCAGCGCUCCCUGGAAACAGAAAAGGAAGGAACGAAGAGUCUGCAUGAGGAGCUGCAGAAAAAGGCUGCAGCUGAAGGUAGCUUGCAGCAGCAGCUGGAGCGCUGUGAGCAGGAAAUGGCGGCUCUGAAGGUGAACCUGGACAAGGUGACCCAGGAGGGACAGAGUCAGCAAGCGGAGCUGAGCAAGAAGGCUCAGAGUCUGGCUGCGGAGCUGCAGAAGGCCCAGCAGGAGAAAGAGGCGCAGAGGAAGGAGCUCGGAGCGACUCAGGAGAGCCUGCAGAAGGCCAACAAGGCUCUGAAGGAGAGUCAGAAUCAGCUGGAGGCCGACAGGAAGAACCAUAAAUCAGCCAUGGAGGACAAGGACAAAUCUAUUGAAAAGACAAAGAAGGAGCUUUUGAAAACUAACGAGGCCAUCACUAAGAAAAUGAACGAAUCGAAGGAGCAGCUGGAGCAAUCGAGAGAGGCAGAGAAAACGUUGAAGGCGCAACUCACGUCAUUUGAGCAGCAGCACUCAAAGACUCAGGGGACGCUAAAGGCUAAGGAGGAAGAGUUGAAGAAGUUGCAGGAUCAGCUGAAGACGGUUCGGGGAUCCAUGGAGGAGGAGGCGAGGAGGCUGAGCGGCCAAGUGGCUGAGCUGCAGGAAGCGGCUGUCAAGAAGGCAGAGGAGGAGAGGAAACUGGCGACUCGGGUGUCGGAGCUCAGCCAGGAUUUGACCACUGAGAGGAGCCGGGCGGCCGAGCUGCAACAGUCCCUGCAGCAAAGCCAGGAAAACCUCUCCAAGCUUCAGUCCGACUUUUACGGCAAAGACUCUGAGGUUUCCUCUCUGCGUCAAGACCUGAAGAGCUCAGAGGAGAAGCUGAGCAUGGCUCAGGAGGAGCUGGCCGCCAAUCGGACUCAUCAGACGGCCUUAGAGGCCCAGAUCCAGGAACUGAAGGCGGCCCGGUCAGCACUGGAGCAAGAACUCUCCAAACGGCACCAGAAGCUCCAGCAGCAGGAACAAACCCUGAAGGAGCUGCAAAAGCAAGAGGGUCAAGUUAAAGAGGAACUGCAGAAGGAGAGAAGCAAGACGGAGGAGCUGAACAAAGCCAGGAGCGCGCUGGAAAAGAAAAGCAGCAAACUGACCUCUGACCUGAAAACGCUGGCGGAGAAAAGUGAGAAGGAACUAGGAGAGUUGCAGGAAGCCAAGCAGCUGCUGAUCCAGCAGAAACUGGAGCUGCAGGGCCAAGUGGAGGCCAUGCAGGGGGCGCUCAAGGAGGAGCAGAAGGAGCACCAGGUCACCAAGGACAGCAGGAGCAAGAGAGAGGAGCAGCUCGUUGUCCAGACAAAGGAAGUCCAGGAUCAACUCGCGGCGGAGAGGAGAGCCAGAGAGGAGCAGGUGAAGCGCGGGGAGGAGGCUGAAGCUAAGCUGAGCGUGCAGGUCACGGCCCUGAAUGAAAACGUGGCCACGCUGAAGAGGGAGUGGCAGAGCAGCCAGCGGAGAGUCGGCGAGCUGGAGAAGCAGACGGACGAGCUGAGAGGGGAGAUCGCUGUGCUGGAGGCUACGGUCCAGAACAACCAGGACGAACGGCGCGCUCUUCUGGAGAGGUGCGUCGCCGGUGAAGGCGAGAUCGAGAAGCUCCAGGCCAAAGUGGUGGAGCUCCGGAGGAAGCUGGACGACACCACGGCGGCCAUGCAGGAGCUCGGCAGAGAGAACCAGUCGCUCCAGAUCAAACAGUCGCAGAGUCUGACCAGAAAGUGGGCGGAGGACCAUGAAGUCCAGAACUGCAUGGCCUGUGGGAAAGGCUUCACCGUCACGGUCAGGAAGCACCACUGUAGACACUGCGGGAACAUCUUCUGCGGCGAGUGUUCAGCGAGGAGCGCCCUCACGCCGUCCUCCAAGAAGCCCGUUCGGGUUUGCGAGACGUGCUUUGAGGAGCUCCAGGGCUGAUCUGCAGUAUUCUCCUGCCCCUCAACUCCCUCCCUUUAACCCUUUAUAUUCCAGUGGGCAGAAGAAGGCUCGUCUUUGUCAUUUUUAAUGUGCACUAGAGCAAAAAGACUCCCAUUUGCAUAGGCCAUCUGGCCGUGGUGCGGAGGAGACGCAGCGGAGAUGCAGUGGGAUCAGCUGGGACCGUCCGUAUCUGUUUUUGUGCCUUUUGCUCCUCCUGUGGACUGCCAGAGAGCGGAGGCGGUGGAUCCGCGCUCACCUCUUUAAGUUCAUAUUCAGGCCUCCAUCGGCGUUCGGCAUCGUCAGCAGUUGUGAGGUGGCUGCUUUGAUCUUUGCUCAUGUCUGCUAGUGUCACUCUGCACCAGGGAAUGAACCGACUCGGCUCAGUGCAGCUCUGCCAUACAAAGAUGAAUGCGAGUAACUUAUGAUUUGCUUGUAAUUAUACACGUCUAUUAUAGGACUCUUGAAUUCAUGCGUUUGAAGUGAGAAAGCACUACCUAUAAAAGUAUAUUUUAAAAAUAAAAUUUCCUAUUAAAUAAAAGCUUAUUUAGGUUCUGAAAACUGCAGCAAAAACUGGACUGGUUUGUCUUUUCUAGGCCAAAAACUAUCUCCACUCCUGAUAGUGACUUUUUCCAUAAGGAAAUUUUCUUGUAUUACUGACAAUAAUGGAAGAAAAGUAUCCUGCAGAUGCUUUGGUAUCAGUAGAGCUAAUUAAUUCUAUGGAAAGUGAAGAAAUUCCAAAAAUAAUGGAUGAAUGCAAAUGUUCCAAACUUAUAUUUGGUGCAGCAAAGCACGUUGACGCAUUCAUUGACCAAAAAUAGUGUUAGGUUUUAGUAGAAUAAGAGCUUUUUUUCUGGUUUUACCUGCAGAUCACACCUGUCUCAUUAAAUAAUUACAGUAAUUAAAUUCUCACCUUAAAGUCAUAAAGCUACAUCUGAAGUAUUAUAAUUUCCUCAGUGUUUUCACUUAACUAAGAAUUAAUCUUGGGUUCUAAAAAUAGCUUCUUUUUUUUCAGUUUAUUCUAUUAACUACAGUUUUGAUCUAUUUUUUUGAUCUAUUCUAUUCUAUAUUUGAUUUUGGUGUCAGCUAAAGUAUUUAUUUUCUAUAUGCAAAUUUUAUUCAAAUUAGGCCUUUUUAAAUUGUCAAACAUUUACAGUGUUUAUCUUAUUCUUGAUUUCUUCAAAGAUCAGUCAUCUUGUCCAGAACCUGUCAUGUUAGUUACUUCCUGUUCUCUUUGUAUGGCAGCACGUUUCCUAAUCUGCAGAAAUGUAUGUAUUGAGUCCAUUUCACGACCAAAGAAUGUCUGCAGCAGAGUUUGUAAUGUGUCAGUAUUUGCCUGAAAGCGUUUGAGUUGUGACAUUUUUAUUGUGAGUCUUUGUGUUGCUUUGUCACUUGAUUGUCUGUGUGUUUAUUAUCUUCAGGUUGUGGCAAUGCAGUAACUGAAGGUGCCUCCAUGUUUUAAUUUGGUCUUUUCUGCAGUCCAACGGCACUGAUUGUGUUUGAGUGUGUGCGCGCUCUGCUUUGAAGCAAUAACUGUAGUGGUGUGCGUGCGUGUGUGUAGGCGUGUGUGUGUGUGUGUGUUCACGGUCAUGCCUGCUGCAUGAAUCCUGGCUGCUCAGAAGCUUGGCAUCUCUCUGACUCGAGGUUCAGGAACUGCUGCCUGCAGGUACAGCAGUUACUGCCAGUUCUCUGUCCAGCUGAGAACACUGUAAAGCUAAAAUUUCUGCUAUUUUAAUUUAUAAUUGCUUGCGGGUUGUGAUUGGAUCUAUUGUACUUUUUGUUUUUCUCUUUUGACUGGAGCAAGUGGAAACACUGUAAAACAGAUAAUGCACAGUAUUCUGCAGCAAGCAGCUUGUCUCAGAUUUACCAAAUUAGCUCUUUGUGUUUGAAUGAUCAUCAGACAUGAAUGUCCAUUUCACCUUCUGAAAAAUCCUUGGGUUUUUUUUAUGUUAAAUUGGUUUCAUGCCUACCUCAGCUUGACUGAGAAAAAGCACUAUUUCUAGACGAUGGACAUCACAAAUGUAUCACUACUUGUAUCCGAUUCAGGAUCUACGACUGGUGAGAGGUUUUGCACCUUACCUUACUCCGGGCCCGUCUUUGCGAGGCUGCAAACAUAGGACAACCAACUUUAUACAGGCUUCAGCAUCUCCUGCUUGUUAUUUACUAAUGCUGUCAUAAUUAUCUUUGUAAAUGUUCGUAAUGAGAGAGAUAAAUUGCUUACGUGUGGCCGUAGAGAUGUGCAGUAAAACAGUGUUUGGAUUCAUCAGUGUCUCGCUCAUUUUUGACACCACAGACUUGCUUCAGGCACUUUGUGGCUUCAUGUGUUGCUGUCGGUUAUCGUGUAUGACGGCUUUACUUUUCAGUUUGGGGGGACGUACCCGGUGGUUGCUCAGGUGUGCCUGAGGCCAGGUUCCUCUGCUGCUUGCUGAGAUCUUGUACAGUGUGGGCGGCUUCGUUUGACCUGCAUGGAGGGAUGAGGUGGUGUAUUGUGUGUUCACGUGCGCCAUGUUGAUUUUCUUUUUCAUUGUCAUGACAAGUGUAAAUAAAAACCUGCAGUAUGUUUCUAAA